UUAAUGAACCACCUGAGGAAAAAAUGUCUUCUCUAGAACCAUCUAAAGAAUUGAUCUCUGAGUUAGCAGUGCGCCGAUCGGAUAGGAAACGUAAAAUUAUUAAAAGUGAUUACCGCAGUGAACUGGCAGAUAUUGAUGACUUUAUAUCGGAUAGUGAUGAUGAGUAUAAUAUUGAUGAUGAUGACUCUGAAAGUGAUUGCAAGUGGAAAACUGACACUGUAAACUCAAGUGUACUGAAAAAACGAGUUAGGAAAGCUAAAGCCCCCCCGGAUCUUACUGCCUUUAAUACAUCCACUAAAGGAAAAUAUAAGUGUUGGCUGUGCAAAAAAACAUUCCUUAAAUGCAUUGGUGGUAAAGCUCACAUCAUUAAGAAGCACAAGCAAGGCUUCUGUACCAUUGACAUGGUUCAGGUUGAGGAAACCAAUGAACCGCACUUGCUUUUAUAUUGCCCCAGAGAAUGCAAGUAUGCAACAUUUAGUUUGGAGGGACUAAAAAAUCACCUGGCAAACUGCGAGAAACCCCUGCUUAAGGAGGAUGGAGAAAACUGGCUGGAGAUUAAUACAAACUUCAUUGACACUCUAUAUCCAGAGGUUGGUAGUGUAUACGGGUUUCUUUGCUUUACCUCCUUUUUUUUUUUUUAUGCUACAUAUUAGGCUUAGCCUUUUAAAAUUAAGUAAGAAAAUGAAGUGAAGCAAUAUGCAAGCUACAUUAACAAAAUAGGCCUACUAACCAGGCAUCCAAAGGAACUGGCAAUUGACCAUCAGUAGGCGAAGAUAUGAAUAACGACUGAAGUAUUUUAUAUUCAGUGAAAUAAAUUAGACAAUUAAUUACAUUGCCUUUUUCAUUUGAAUUAACGUGUCCUACAUAGUUUGAAUUUAGCAAAAUCAAGCUAACCAUCUACACAAAAGACUCCUCUCUUCUGAAACUAAUGACCUCAGAAUGACAUUUUCUUGAAAAAAAAUAUUUUAUUUCUAUACUAUACUAUACUAUUUUUCAUCUAUUUUCUUAACCAUUUUCAUUUCUAAUAGUAUCCCAUCUUUAAAAAUAAGUAAAGCUUUUUAUCCUAUAUAGUCAAUAUUUCCUAGUUUUUCAUUAUUGUUAUGCUAAAUCUUUUUAUCCUAUAUACCGGUAGUUAACGGUACCUAUCAUUAUAAUGCAACUAAAAAUAGCUAGUAAACCAAUUCUGUAAACUGUAGAGCAUAGAAGAUAUCCUAAAAUAUAUUAAAAAUACUAAUGAUAAAAGAAAAUAUAACUAAAAAUUUAUAUCAUUAUCAUGACAUAAAAUACAAUGACUUCUCUAUUGCUCUAAUCGCUUUUCCUUGCACCCCCCUGAAGUGCCUUCUUGCGAUCACCCAAGGUUGGGAAACCUAUUUUAGUAAGUGGCAAGCAAUGUUUAACAAUUGCCAUUUAACAUCAACAGGGAAAUCUUACACCUUUGCCUUUGUAAUUAUAAGGGAUGACAUUCGAAGUGUAUCUGUUACAAAAUUAUUGUAUUUUAAAGCACUUGUUUUCUCUUAUUCUCUUACCAGUUAUUAAAAACAGGAAUCAAUGAUUUACUUGGUGCUUCAAAUGCCAAACCUGCAACUAAAGAUCCUGCAAAGGUUGUGAAACGUAAAAAGAAGAAGUCCACAUCUGAGUCUGUGACAUCCACUGCUUCUGUUCUAAUCUCCCAUGGUGAAGCUCAGGUCACAGUGGAACCAGAUGAUAAUGUGAUCAAAGUCUCCAAAACUUCAGCAGAACAGGCAACUAGUAACAGUACACCUAUAAAAACUUUUGGGGCUACUCAAGUUACUGGCUCUGUGACAGCCAACAUGUGUGACACUUUAGCAAGCUCUACCAUAUCCAGUCCACAGUCUUUGUCUCUGGGUUCUCCUUGCCAUAUUCCAAUAGUUAGUAGACCACACCUGGUAUCCAAUAUGCAUCAGCAAAUAUUAAAUGCACAUCCUAUACCGUUACAUCCACAAUCUGGUCUGACACAAUCUGGUUCAACUGUACAAGCACAGUUUGUAGCAAGACAGUCUGUGCCUCUCUCACAUCCAAGGAUUGCAUACUCUCAAAAUGCUCAUACAAAUAAUGUACACUCACAAGUCCCAAAGUCACAACAGAGCAAUUCAAGAUUUGUGACCCCUUCAAUUCGCCAAGACACUCCUCGAUUUUCUCAAUCAUUGUCUGUAGCAUCUUCAACAUCAUCAUCAUCAAAACAGAUGCCCCCAUCCUCCCAGCAGCAACAGUAUAGGUUUGAACAGUCAAAUUUUGCACCAAGGAUACAUCAUCCCGGUGCUUUUGACACCAGCUCUCCAGUAAAUAGACAUUACAGCCAUCCCAUUCCAAGACCUAAUCAUCAUUUAAAAGCAGUAAAUCAGAGCCUUAAGCCAAAUGUUAGAGUAGUGGGGCAGCAAGAGGCAUUCAGUGCCCCACAUAAACCAACAGUUGCUCACCAGCAUGGUGCAAAUCAAUCAAGAACCUGUCAAGAUGCAGAUAUUUAUAUGAUAGAAGACAAUGGAACAAUAUGCAUUGAGUGAGCUC